AUGGCACCUCUAGGGAUAAUGGCUCAGCUCAGGAGUCUAUACUCCAAGCAGGAUGAACCUGCCUUGUCAGAGCACACGGUCGCUUUUCUAUCUGUCCUCCUCACACUACUCUACGUGGUCCCAUUCUACCUCUCCCCAACAACCCGCCCAUCCCCAAGUCUCAGUCGCGAUGCCCCGUCCGUGAUCCGCGCCCGCAUCCGCGCCGUCACGGGCUCAUGUAUCGUGAGUUCCGUCCUGGUCCUCUGGUUCAUCGUCGAAGAGGAUAAUUCCUCCCUCAAUGCCGGUGCCAGACUCCUCGGCUGGUGGCCCGUCGGCCUGCUAGAGACCCUUCGCAGUCUUCUCCUAACCGCCAUUCUAUUCAUCGGUCCGCUCUUUGAGCGUGGCAUUGUCGAGGGCGAAUGGAAGUUCUGGUUCCGUCGUAGUAGUCUGUCCGAAUGUCUGGGUGGCUGGAUUGGUUGGAGGAAUUAUGUCGCGGGCCCCUUCACCGAAGAAGUCAUGUUCCGAUCCGCGAUGGUCCCGCUACAUUUACUAGCACACACCUCGCCGGGCCGAAUCGUGUUCCUGGCGCCGCUGUAUUUCGGCAUCGCGCACGUGCACCACUUCUACGAGUUCGGUCUCACGCACCCAGAUACGCCAGCUAUAGCUGCGCUGCUGCGGUCACUCUUCCAGUUCGGCUACACCACUAUUUUCGGCUGGUAUGCGACGUUCGUGUAUUUACGGACGGGCUCGUUGCUGUCCGUGGUUCUCAUCCAUAGUUUCUGUAACUGGUGUGGAUUGCCGCGGUUCUGGGGACGGGUUGAGGCGGGUGAGACUAUUGGUCCUCCUAUGACUCGGGGUAAAGAGGAUUCUGAUGAUGUCAAAAUUGGGGUCAGCGGUAACGGUGGUGGAUUGGGUAUUGGGUGGACGGUUGCUUAUUAUGUGCUUCUUGUUGCUGGGGCGGUUGGUUUUGCUCAGGGAUUGUGGCCUUUGACGGAGUCUCGGCAUGCUCUGGUUUCGUUUUCGGGGAAAUACAAGGCCGUGCAAUCCAGGAGAAAGCAGCCCACAAUAUCAUGCCUUGCCUCUCAGGCGCUGACACCGUCCGAUACACGUGCAUCCGUACUCGAAGAAGACCACUCCUCAAUCUUCACUCCAACCCAGGUACCACUCGCCUCGGCCAUCGAAGUUGAAAACAGCAUGGGCGCGGACAACACCCUGUUAGACUUAUACUACGAAUACUUUCAUCGCAGCCAUCCCUUCGUUCUACCGAGGCACAAUCUUCAAGCGAAGCUAGCAUCAGGAUGCUCCAGCCUGCGAGCACUGCUCGCCGUCAUGCAAUAUAUUGGUUCAUCUUACGGGGAGUCUUCCUCGCAAAGAGAGAACAUGCUAGACGAGCAACUUGUUGAUGUGGUGGAUGGAUUCGUAGUUCAAACGACGUUAUUAAUGGCACUGACCAAGAGCAUGUGUGCCGAACGAGCUGCCUCCGAAGCGCUUCUGGCAAAGGCGAUUGAGCAAGCCAGGCUGAUCGGCAUGAACACCAAAGCUUUCGCCGAUGUGGCCGCCGAGAGCGACCCCGUGCUCGCCGAGAGCUGGAGGCGGACAUGGUGGAUGCUUUAUUUGUCCGACCAGAACUUUUCCGUUAUUCGCUACGACUUCAUUACGUCGAUAUAUGAUACGGACCACGAUGUCGAUCUGCCUUGUGAUGACCUCAACUACUGCUCCACGGAUAUACCACGAACGACGCCCUCCUCCACCGAUUACCGAAACCGAGAGUACGCGCUGGACACCAUACGCUUCUCAUCAUUUGCCUAUCUUAUCGAUGCAACGCGUAUUUUUGUCUCCUCGUUGAGAGUGGCAACUCAAUACGAAAACCCGUACAAGGCGGAAAUCCUCUGUAGCGACUUGGAGGCCUCUGUCGUCGGUUGGUUUGUCAUGCUUCCGUCCGACAAAUGGCAGCUUGCCGUACAGCCUGUUCUCCUAGACCAGCUCAUGUUCCAAGCUCACAUGAUGAUGUACACAGCUCUGGCGUAUAUUCAUCGGCCGUUGUCGAACCUCCAACACGAUCCCGCUGAAGAUUUGUCAAGCUGUGGCACACCUCCACCACCUCUAGUCUCUAGCGCGAUAACUACGGGCGCAUUCAAUCAUAGAACACACUCAGACAAGCUAUUCCAAGCCGUCCGCAAUCAAAACCAGUGCUUGACCAUCCUGCCUCUAGGUGCCGCUCAGCUCUCGCCCUUUCUCAUUUGUAUGAUAGCGUGCUGCACGAUUGCCUACCUGGUCGCCUGCAAGUCGGGAUUCACACCACAAGAGGUUGAGGUGGCGCGGUCGCGCAUACGAGUCUGCCUGGGCACGCUCAAACACUACGAAGAUAUCUGGCCCAGAGCUAAGAAUAUCCUGCAUGAGCUGCGAGUUAUCGCCAAUGCUCUUAUGCGAGAGGAUUCUGUCCCUCUGCCACCAAGCACCGGAUUUGACCUCCUCGCGGAACAGGAUGCCAUGGUUGCUAAUUUAUUUGACGGAGAGUGGUUUAAUGCAAUAGGAACCAUGACCUAA